AUGGCCAAAGAGGCGUUUGAGAAUAGUCUGCGCUUGACAAAAUUGUCUCUUCUUUUGUCUGGCAUAAGAAUCACAAGAAGAAAAUGGCGGAAAUCCGUCGAAAACUUCUUCGAUUACUAUUUGUACUAUAUUAGCUUAUCCUGGCUGUACACAGAUGUGUGUGGAGAGCUAAACUGGUUGGUAGAAGGAAUAUUAACUGGAAAGAGUUUUAUUGACCUGUCUUUGACGGCCCCUUGUAUAACUAUUAGCAUGUUGGCAACAUCCAAAUCUAUAUUCCUGUAUUGGAACAGAGAUGUUGUUGCUAAAAUUGUGGAUAAACUAAGGGACAUCCAUCCUGAAGAUAAGGAAUUUGACGAAUACAAACAACUAGGUUUAUACCAAGUAGAAUCCAACGAACCAGAUGUGGAGAAAGAAAUAGUGGAAGAAUCCAGAAAAUUCUUGAGCUUUGUGGUGCAUUUGCUUUUCUACAUCUGUGCUGUGGUGAUCUGUGCCUUCCCCCUGAUGCCGGUGACGUCCAUGGCCUAUGAUUACUAUACUACCGGUAGUACGGAGUACAAGUAUCCGUACUUGGUGAAGUACUUCUUCGAUCCGUACACUAUGAAGAUGUGGCCAGCGGUUUACUUCCAUCAUGUUAUGUCAACCGCCAUAGUUGGCGCCAACGUGUUCGGCUCCGACAGCCUGUUCUACGUGGUGUGCAUCUACAUACAGAUGCAUUUCCGAACGCUCUGUCAUCGCUGCGAGUGCGCUGUGGUCUCUUCGAGGGAGGGAACUAGGACGAACGUGGCGAAUGCUGUGAAGAGACAUCAGGAACUGAUUGAUUUGGUGAAUCAAGUGGAGCUUCUGUACUCGAUGUCGACGCUCUUCAACAUCGUGACCAGCUCAGUCCUGAUAUGCUUGUGCAGCUUCAUAAUAACGGUGCUGGAAGAAAUCAUCGUGGUGGUGACGUUCGCCACGUUCCUCGUCAUGAAUCUAUCCCAGAUUUCGCUGCUCUGCUACUUCGGGGACAUACUCAUGCGUUCAAGCACAGAAGUAAGUUCAGCUGUGUACAACUCUUUAUGGUACGAGACUGACCAGAGCAUUAAGAAGAGCAUGCUCGUGAUACUGAUGAGGGCCCAGAAGCCUUGCAAGCUGACUGCUUGGAACUUCGCGGACCUGAACUUGACGGCCUUCACUACUAUACUGAGCCGGUCCUGGUCAUACUUCGCUUUGUUGAAGACUAUGUACAAGUAGAAGAAAUACUUAUUAAAGAAGAUUCUUUAUAGCUUUAUCAUAAAGCAAAGCACGCUGGACAAGC